AUGUUUCAUGGAACAAUCAUAGAAGAGCUAACCAAUCACAGAGAAUGGAGUCACUAUAAUGAAAAUAUAAUAGAAGAUCAAAAAGAUUUUGUUUUUGUGAAGUUCAGUGGCCUUCAUUUAAAAUCUAUGGAAAAUCUUCAAUCUUGUAUCUCUCUUAGAGUAUGCAUCUUCUCAAACAAUUUUAUUACAGAUAUUCGUCCACUUCAGAGUUGCAUGAAAUUAAUCAAACUUGAUCUCCAUGGAAAUCAGAUAAAGAGUCUACCAGGUACCAAAUUUUGGAGUGGAUUGAAGAAUCUAAAACUUCUCUAUCUACAUGACAAUGGGUUUGCAAAGUUAAAGAAUGUAUGUAUGUUAUCUGCCUGUCCAAGCCUCAUUGCCCUCACUAUGUUUGAUUGUCCAGUAAGCCUUAAAAAAGGAUAUAGACAUGUUCUUGUCAACAGUAUAUGGACUCUCAAAGCAUUGGAUCAUCAUGUGAUUUCUGAUGAAGAAAUAAUUCAAAACUGGCAUCUUCCUGAAAGAUUCAAGACAUGUAACCACCGACUUCUCUUUAAUUUCUGCUCUGCUUUGAAAAAGGGAUCAACCUAUGAAGAUGAAAUUGAUAAUAUCAAACACAUUAUUUCAAAAGUUAAUGAAAUUCUGGCUCAUAACUCACCAGUUUUGAUUAUUCAAAGAUGGACACGUGGUUUCUUAGUUAGGAAAAAAGUGAGCCACUUGUUCUUGUAUAAAAAACGUGAAAAAUCUAUUAGUGAAUGUGAAAAAAGAUGGAUUUACAAGCACAAAGGAUUUGAUGAUAAACUCUUUAAGGAACUCUUUUUUCAGCCUGGAACUAAUAUAACAGAAAAGUUUGCACGCUGGAAAUAUAGUAUAUAUUCACCUGUUGAUUUAAAAUAUUCUACUGAACAGAGAAAACAUGUUUCUUCUAUUUUAUAUGAAUUAAAAACAAGAAAACCAAGAUAUCUCAUUCAAAAAGGUCAGAAAGAGUCUGAAGAGGAAACUGAGGAUGAAGAAUUGGAUGUCAAUUUUAGGAUAUCAGUGUUCAAACUACCCAUACAUACUUUAGAUUCAUUGAGAUAUGCUGCACUAUUGAGAGCAAAAGAACAAGAUUAUUUUCCUAUGUAUGCCCAGCCAUUUUCUCCUGCUCAUCAAAAACCAAUAGUCAAAAUAAAAGACGUGCCGAUGGAAAAGAAAAUAAGAAGAGAGUUUUUGGCAACACACAGAGCUGGUAUGAAACUCCAAGCACUUUGUGAUGUUGAUAAAUAUUUCUCAGAACAAAAGAAGCAGGAAAGUAGUAAAAAUAAAGUAACAGCUGUAAGCAUGGCACAAAUAGCCCAAGAACGAAGUAGAAUAACUAUUAGAGAAAAUUUAAAUAAUAAAAUAUAUGCUACACAUAAACUGACUGCAAGAGAUGAUGAGAUAAUUCAGGAUGGUUUACAACAACUUUAUCAGGAUAGAUCCAGCUACCUUGAGAAAGUUAAAGAGAGAAGAGCUCAGUUCCUGAAAGAAAAAAAACAAAAGGCUAAAGACCGUUUAUUAAUUCAGAACCUAAAUAAUGAGCGCACUCUUUUGACCAAAGGAAUGACUGCAAUUGACAGAUUGAAGAAUAAGCAGGCUGCCUUGAAAGAGAAAAGUCUGAUUGUUCAGCAAAAACUGGCAACUGAAAAGUACCAAAGGGAUUUACGUAAACAAAUGAAGGAAAUUAGGGCUCAAGAAAUACAUAAAAGACACUAUGAAGAAAAGUUUGUUAAUGAUAUGAUUGCCUUUGAGAAAGCUUGUGAAAGACUUCAAGAUGCUAGAACAAAAGCUGCAAUUGUGAAAAAGAAGUUAGUCACUAAGGUUCCUGAUGGAAUGACAAAGUGA